CCCCGGGAAGACUAUUUGGCGCGGACUGACCUCUUGUUUUGUUGACCUGUCUCAGUUGCCUUGAGCAGCUGUCACUUGGAAAAAUUUAAAUUAAAGCAAAAAAUUAAAGCGAAUGGCUCCAGUUUCAAACCCAGAGAAGGACAUGGACGGUCCGGACUGCGAUGAUGGAGGUGAUGCUUGUGGUCUGGCAAAGUCUCGCUCCAGACGGGAGAAGAAGGAGAAGGCGGGGAGGAAGUCUGCACUGGAGCAGCUCAAGAAAGCCAAGAUGGGAGAGAAGAUCAAAUAUGAGGUGGAGGAGUUCACUAGUGUGUAUGAGGAGGUGGACGAGCAGCAGUACUCAAAGAUGGUACGGGAAAGACAGGAGGAUGACUGGAUUAUUGAUGAUGAUGGGACAGGAUACUUGGAGGAUGGACGUGAAAUCUUUGACGACGAUUUGCAUGAUGAUGUCGUUGAAAACAAAAAAGGAAAACCAGGUGCUAAAGGAGCGGACUCAAAGAAAAAUGUGAAGAAAUCUGCCGUAGCCAAGCCUAACACUAUCAAAAGCCUCUUCAAUAACUGCAAUGUCAAGAGACCUGUUGAGAAAGACGUGGAUCUGUCCAAAGAUGACCUAUUGGGAGAUAUCUUACAGGACCUGCACUCUGAGAAACCAAGUCUCCUGACUCCUCCACCAGUUUUUCUGAAGAAAAAGAAAUCUCUUGGAACACCUAUGAAUCCCUUUUCUGUUAAACCCCAGACACCAAAGGAGUCGUCCUCGGCUGCAGGGUUAAAGGCCAAAGUUAUAAAACCGCCGCCUUCUGACCCGACCCCCAGGUCAUCCGCCCGCCCCGCUCCAUCCAAACCUGCCCCUCCUGUGGAGAGGCAGAGGAUAAAAGCGGAGGAGCAAGAUGAAGAAGUCAAUGAUGCAAUGGCAUUCGAUGGGGUGGACUUUGACGAGCCCAUGGAGGUCGGGCUUGAGGAGCAGAAACCUGAGAUCAAAGAUGCAGCUGAGUCUGAUCCUAAAGCAGCAGCAGCAGUUGUGGCAGUUAAAACGGAGCCUAAAGCGGAGCCUCAGGAUCCAGUCUUAAUGUCCGGCAGAAUCAGCACUUGGGGUCAGGAGGAGGAGGAGGGAGUGGCCAGCGAGGCUCCAGCAGAAGUUCAGGUCGACUCCAGCCGACUCCCGCUGGCGGAGGGACCGGACGGGGAGCAGGUUUUCCGCUUCUAUUGGUUGGAUGCCUUUGAAGAGCCUUACAGCCAACCAGGUGUGGUGUACUUGUUUGGGAAAGUGUGGAUUGAGUCUGCAAAGUCUCAUGUCAGCUGCUGUGUCUCUGUAAAGAACAUCGAGCGCACCAUGUACUUCCUGCCUCGGGAAUAUAAAGUGAACACAAAAACUGGAGAGGUGUCGGACACUCCCGUGGGAAUGAUGGACGUCUACCAGGAGUUUAAUGAGCUCUCUGAGAAGUUCAAGAUCAUGAAGUUCAAGUCCAAGAAAGUUGAGAGGAGUUACGCUUUUGAAAUCCCUGAUGUGCCCAGUCAGUGUGAAUACCUGGAAGUCAGAUAUUCUGCUGAGUUUCCUGCUCUGCCUUCAGACCUCAAGGGGGCGACCUUUUCCCACAUUUUUGGAAACAACACUUCCAGUCUUGAGCACUUCCUCCUCAGCAGGAAGAUUAAAGGGCCCUGCUGGUUGGACAUCAAGACACCACAGCUGAUCAGCCAGCCCGUCAGCUGGUGUAAGGUGGAGGCUCUGGCUCUGAGGAGCGACCUGGUUACUGUGGUUAAAGACCUGCCACCUCCACCCAUCACCGUCAUGUCCAUCAGUCUCAAGACCAUCCAGAACCCAAAGACACACCACAACGAGAUUGUGUCCCUCGCUGCACUCAUCCACUAUAACUUUCAUAUGGAUAAAGCUGCACCUCAACCUCCUUACCAGACCCAUUUCUGUGUUGUCAGUAGACCGGCUGACUGUAUUUUCCCCUACGACUUCAAAGAGGCGGUGAGGAAGAAGAACGGUAAAGUGGAGAUAGCUUCUACAGAGAGGACUCUGCUCGGCUUCUUCUUGGCCAAGAUGCACAAAAUCGACCCUGAUGUGCUGGUGGGUCACGACAUCUUUGGCUUUGACCUCGAAGUGAUUCUGCAGAGGAUCAAUUUCUGCAAAGUUCCCCACUGGUCUAAAAUGGGACGCCUCAGGAGGGCCAACAUGCCCAAAUUAGGGGGUCGAGGGUCCUUUGCAGAAAAGAGCGCAACCUGCGGGCGUCUGGUGUGCGACGUGGAGAUCUCAGCCAAGGAGCUGAUUCGCUGUAAAAGUUACCAUCUGACUGAACUGACUGCACAGGUGCUGAAGACAGAGAGAGUGGCGGUCCCUCAGGAAAACAUCAAGAAUCUCUACAGUGACUCUCCUCACCUGCUCUACCUGCUGGAGAUGACAUGGACAGACGCCAAGCUGAUCCUCCAGAUCAUGUGUGAGCUCAACGUGCUGCCGCUGGCGCUGCAGAUCACCAACAUCGCUGGCAACGUCAUGUCUCGCACUCUGAUGGGCGGUCGCUCUGAGAGGAAUGAGUUCCUGUUGCUUCAUGCCUUCCACGACAAAAACUUCAUCGUCCCAGACAAACCCUCCUUUAAAAAGGCUCAGCUGGAAGCGGUGGACGGAGAAGAUGAUGCUGAUACAGGGAAAGGCAAGCGGAGAAAGAAGGCGGCCUAUGCUGGAGGUCUGGUGCUGGAUCCUAAAGUUGGUUUCUACGACAAGUUUGUGCUGCUGCUGGACUUCAACAGCCUGUAUCCCUCCAUCAUCCAGGAGUUCAACAUCUGCUUCACCACUGUGCAGAGGGAGGCUUACAAUGCACAGAAGAAGAGUCAGGAGGAUGAAUCCGAGGAGAUUCCUGAAAUCCCAGAUUCAGACCUGGAGAUGGGAAUUCUGCCCAAAGAAAUCAGAAAGCUGGUUGAGAGACGUAAACAAGUCAAACAGCUGAUGAAACAGCAGGACAUCAACCCAGACAUCUACCUGCAGUACGACAUCCGUCAGAAGGCUCUGAAGCUAACUGCUAACAGCAUGUACGGCUGCCUGGGGUUCAGCUACAGCCGCUUCUACGCCAAGCCGCUGGCCGCCCUGGUCACACACAAGGGGAGAGAGAUUCUGAUGCACACCAAAGACCUGGUUCAGAAGAUGAAUCUGGAAGUCAUCUAUGGAGAUACAGACUCUAUCAUGAUCAACACCAACAGCAGGUCUCUGGAGGAAGUCUUCAAACUUGGCAAUAAGGUGAAGGCAGAAGUGAACAAGCUCUACAAACUGCUGGAGAUUGACAUCGACGGGGUGUUUAAGUCACUGUUGCUGCUGAAGAAGAAGAAGUACGCUGCCUUGGUGGUGGAGAACCACGGCGAGGGACGAUACAGCGUCAAGCAGGAGCUCAAAGGAUUGGACAUCGUCCGCAGAGACUGGUGUGACCUUGCAAAAGAGUGUGGCAACUACGUGAUCGGUCAAAUCCUGUCAGACCAGAGUCGUGAUGCCAUUGUGGAGAACAUCCAGAAACACCUGGUGGAGGUGGGAGAGAAAGUAGCAGCUGGAGCCAUACCACUCAACCAGUAUGAGAUACACAAGGCUUUGACCAAAGACCCUCAGGACUAUCCGGAUAAGAAAAGCCUCCCUCACGUCCAUGUGGCUCUAUGGAUCAACUCCCAGGGCGGUCACCGGGUAAAAGCCGGAGAUACAGUCUCUUACAUCAUCUGCAAGGACGGUUCUACGCUGGCAGCCAGUCAGAGGGCCUACGCUCUAGAGCAGCUUCAGAAGCAGGAGAACCUCAGUCUGGACACCCAGUACUACCUCGCACAGCAGGUGCACCCUGUGGUGUCCCGAAUCUGCGACCCCAUUGAUGGCAUUGACAGCGUGCUCAUAGCCACGUGGCUGGGUCUGGACCCGAGUCAGUUCCGGGCUCAUCAGCAGUAUCAGAGGGAGGACGAGGCUGAGGGCACGCUGGGAGCUCCGGUCCAGCUGACCGACGAGGAGCGCUACAAAGACUGCGAGAGGUUCACCUUCACCUGUCCCCAAUGUGGCACUGACAACACCUACGACAGCGUCUUUGAAGGAGCUGGGGCAAAGAUGGAGCCCAGCUUGUUGCAAUGCUGUCACAGUCCCUGUGGGAGCCGACCCGUCGACUACGUGGUCAACAUCAGCAACAAACUGCAGCUUGACAUCCGACGCCAUAUCAAAAAAUACUACUCUGGCUGGUUGGUGUGUGAGGACCAGGCCUGCCAGAACAGGAUCAGACGUUUGCCCAUCGCUUUCUCCCGCCACGGACCCAUCUGCCCCGCCUGCACCAGAGCUACACUCAGACCAGAGUAUUCGGAGAAGGCCCUGUACAACCAACUCUGCUUCUACAGGUUCAUCUUUGACUGGGACUAUGCAUGCACCAAAGUUCUACAGCAGGAUGAGAAAAAUCUUGCAAAGCAGUGGAACCGAGAGAAAGAUGUGUACCGGAGGCUGAAGGAAGUGCCCGAAAAAGCUUUGGCCACCAGCGGCUAUUCAGAGAUCAACCUGGCCAAACUCUUCCAGGCCUUCUCCUCCCUCAAGUAAAACACACACACCAAAUGACGACACUGCCGAAAGGCUGCAACAUCUGACUGUCACAACAGGACAUUUGCACAUUCAGCUGCAUUGGCUGUCCCUGUUAUUGGUUAGUGAUUUUAGGGUUUCCACGUCCCAACCCUCGUAUCAUCUUCCCUGAACCUAAUGGGCUUGUUACAGGACUUAAAACCCAAUCACACCUUUUCACCUGCCUUCAUUUUCUUCAUAUAGACAUUCUGCGUGCACACACACGACUUGACCCCAUCACCCUGACUGUAUGGUUAAAGGGGGGUGUUGCAAUCAUACCUAAAUGACAGCCUAUUGUGUGUGUGUGUGUGUGUGUACGCGGAGGCUGGCUGUACCAAGAUGUGUGUGUGUGAAAAUGACUUAUCCUCAGAGCAGCCAGUAUACUCCAAAAGGCGCUAAUUAGCCAAUGAUAGUGACCCAGCCCGCUAACACCGCUGGAUGCCCGCAGCGAUCGGACACUUGUUCUGAUUACCACCAUUCAUCCCGAGUGUGUGUGUGUGAGUGAGAUCAGAGGAUGAAAGAAAAGGAGGAUGCAGGGCGAGGGAGGCCACGCGCUCUGCUCUCUCACUCUUUUGUCUCCGUAUUGAACAGCUGAUCUUCUUCUUCUUCUCCACCGCCACUGUUUAACUGAUGUCAUUUCACUUCCCCCCCUCCCUCCUGUGGGCACAUUGUGUUUUAAUGCCUGUCAUUUUCUGUGUAUGACUUGUUAGUUUAUGUAUUUUUUUUGUUAUUGUAAUGACCAGAAUAUGUAUUUGGUAUUUUGAUAUUGAUAAGAAAUUGUUUGAUACUGAAACCUUAAUAAAGAGCUAAAUGAAAAAGAUGUCAA